AUGCUUCUCUACGAAGACGCCAUCUCCGGCGACGAGCUUUUCUCCGAUGCCUUCCCCGUAAAAGAAGUCGACAACAUCGUCUACGAGGUUGACUGCCGCACCAUCACCAUCUCUGCAGACAACGUCGACAUUGGCGCCAACCCCUCCGCUGAGGAGGCUGAGGAGUCUCUCGAGGAGGGCGCCAAGACCGUCAUCGACGUUGUCCAUGCCUUCCGUCUCCAGCAAACUUCGUUUGACAAGAAAAGCUUCCUCUCCUACCUCAAAGGCUACAUGAAAACCGUCAAAACCAAGCUCGCGGAGACCAACCCUGAUCGUGUUGAGGCAUUUGAAAAGGGUGCCCAAACGUAUGCCAAGAAAAUUGUUGCCAACUUCAAGGACUUCGAUUUCUACAUUGGCGAGGGCAUGAACCCAGACGGCAUGGUUGCUCUGCUCAACUACCGGGAGGAUGGUGUCACUCCCUAUUUCACUUUCUGGAAGGACGGUCUGAAAGAGACCAAACAGUAA